AAAGCCGUGGGUGGAGAGUGUCACACAGCUCGACGGCGCGCUAGAGAAGAUUAAGUCCGAAAUCGAACGAAGGCUGAAAAAAGCAGAGAAGCGACCGGCUGUCCUAAAUGUUGUGUCCUACUUGAGAGACCCAGGAAGAAUUGAUGGCCUCAAGCAAGACUUUGACAAAGCAUUGGCGUCGUUUCAGGACGAAUCUAAUAGGUGGUGCCAAAUUAGCGGCCAUAGAACGUCGUCUACAGGACGACAAAAUCCUCGAUAGUCUCCAAUACCCUCAUAUCGCCCAUGACGAUUUCACUCAUGCGUGCCUAGAAGGGACUAGGAUUGAUCUCACGGAGCGUAUCAUGACAUGGUGUCGCAACACUGGGGAGAAUGAGAACCGGCUAAUGCUCCUGACUGCUGUGGCUGGUGCUGGCAAAACUUCAAUUGCACUCACGAUUGCAAAGCAAUGUGCCAGUGAAGGGGACGUUACGCUGUUACUGCACUUCUUCUUCAAAGCGGGAGAACGGUCGCGGCCCGAUUUUCUAUUUAGUGGUAUAGCUCGAACUCUAGCAGACCAUGACCCGGUUUACCGCACUUUCAUCAUCUCUGCACUUCGAAAAGACCCUUCCCUCUCAACGGCCCUACUCGCAACACAAUUUGAGAAUUUGGUGGCUUUGCCUCUCCUCCAUAAACCUCCACCUCUCGACCGUCCCAUGGUAGUCAUCAUCGAUGCUUUGGAUGAAUGUGACAAAGAAGUGUUUGAUUCCUUUGCCGAUAUUCUUCGGGAGGAAGUACCCAGGCUGCCAUCUUCCAUAAAAUUCUUUAUCACAUCGAGACAUACUGAUCUCGUUAGACGCUCUUUUUCGCCCCAAUUCCCUAUCAGUCGUCUCGCUAUUGACCUUUCGGAUGACACAAAUGUGCAGGACUGUGCUACAUAUAUACGUUUCGAACUGCAAAAGCUGAAGAAUUGGCAUCCCGAUUUACGGCAUAAUCUUCAGGACGAGGAUAAAACAGUUCAGGAGAUCUUGGAACGUGCGAGUGGCUUGUUUAUUUGGAUCAGCACGAUCUUUCGCUACAUGAAGACAGCCAACAAGGAUCCGAUGAGGACGUUAGAGGGCUUGCUCAACACUGGCACGAAACGAUCAACGGUCCCUGCCGAGGGAAUGAUGGACCGCUUAUAUACAAGCAUUCUGAAGAAGUGUGAUUGGGAGGAUGAAGAUUUUGCCCAUGACUACCCAAUCGUGAUGGGAGCAAUCUUCGUCGCACAGCGGCCUCUGUCCAUCACAGCCUGGGAUGCAAUUUUGUCACCUUUCCUCAAGUCCCCUGUCCGAUAUUCAUUGGCUGAACUUGCUCCUCUGCUCUCAGGAGUUGAAGAUUAUCACUUUCCAGUUCGCAUCUUACACCAAUCUUUCCGCAACUUCAUUGUCGAUCGGAUCGUUCCCCCAUCAAUCAGCCCUCGUUGCAUCCCAGUAGAUGUAGGGAUGGAGAAUGCGAGAGUUGCCCUGCGAUGUACCGAGAUUCUGAAUCAGGAUCUUUGCUCUGUAAAGGGCUUGGGACUGAUUGAAAACUUGUCCGAAAAAGAUGAGCUGCCACUCAUUCCCUUGGAGGAGUCAUCUGAGCACUCUCAUUACGCAUGUCGCUAUAUUGUCCAUCACCUCAGUGGAGUCCAGGAACCAUCACCGGAGCUUGAUGAGUCAGUUGGCUUGUUUCUCAGUGAGCAAGCAACUCGCUGGGUGGAGGCCUGUGUGAGAAUGGAGGGCUACAUUAGCAUCUCGUUGCUCCCUGAGUGGGCCAAGUUGGCUGUUGGCCACAGGUCAAAAGGUGUUGUCCACAUGCUGGCCAGUAUGCUUGUCCAGCUUGUACGGAAUUUGAAAUUUUUUUCAAGAUUCCAGGAGGCAUAUGAGGCGGCAACUGAUUCCGUUGUACUCUGCCGUUACCUUGUUUCUGUGGACUCAGGGUCCUACUCCCCAGAUUCGGCCACGUCACUCAACAAUCUAUAUUUAGCUUUUUCCAAACUCGGACGGCACUCGGAGGCACUCUCAUUCAUUGAAGAAAGCGUCAGCCUCUACCGCCAGCUGGUUGCUGUCCACCCGGGAUUAUACACCCCAGAUUUGGCCACGUCACUCAACAAUUUAUAUGACGCUCUUUCCAAUCUUGGACGGCGCUCAGAGGCACCCCCAUUCAUUGAAGAAAGCGUCAGCCUCUACCGCCAGCUGGUUGCUGUCCACCCGGGAUCAUACACCCCUAAUUUGGCCACGUCACUCAACAAUCUAUAUGACGCUCUUUCCAGACUCGGACAGCACUCGGAGGCACUCCCAUUCGUUGAAGAAAGCGUCAGCCUCUACCGCCAGCUGGUUGCAGUUCAUCCGGGAUCAUACACCCCUAAUUUGGCCACAUCACUCAACAAUCUAUAUUUAGCUCUUUGCAAACUCGGACGGCACUCAGAGGCAUUCCCAUUCAUUGAAGAAAGUGUCAGCCUCUGCCACCAGCUGGUUGCUGUCCACCCGGGAUCAUACACCCCUAAUUUGGCCAUGUCAUUCAACAAUCUAUAUUUAGCUCUUUCCAAUCUCGGACGGCACUCGGAGGCACUCCCAUUCAUUGAAGAAAGCGUCAGCCUCUACCGCCAGCUAGUCGCAGUUCAUCCAGGAUCAUACACCCCAAAUUUGGCCAUGUCACUCAACAAUCUAUAUUCUGCUCUUUCCAAUCUUCGACAGCACUCGGAGGCACUCCCAUUCAUUGAAGAAAGCGUCAGCCUCUACCGCCAGCUGGUUGCUGUCCACCCGGGAUCAUACACCCCAAAUUUGGCCAUGUCACUCAACAAUCUAUAUUUUGCUCUUUCCAAUCUUGGACAGCACUCGGAGGCACUCCCAUUCAUUGAAGAAAGCGUCACACUCCGACGCCAGCUGGUUGCUGUCUACCCGGGAUUAUACACCCCAAAUUUGGCCACGUCACUCAACAAUCUAUAUUUAGCUUUUUCCAAUCUCGGAUGGCACUCGGAGGCACUCCCAUUCAUCGAAGAAAGCGUCACACUCCGGCGCCAGCUAGUUACAGUCCAUCCGGGAUCAUACACCCCGAAUUUGGCUACGUCACUUAACAAUCUAUAUUUUGCCCUUUCCGAACUCGGACGGCACUCGGAGGCACUCCCAUUCAUCGAAGAGAGCGUGAAACUCCAGCGCCAGCUGGUUGAAAUCAACCCAGGAGCAUACACCCCACAACUGGCCAUUUCACUCAAGCAUCUUCGCAACGCUCUUUCCGGUCUCGGACGUCAUUCUGAGGCGCAGGUGGUUCACAGUUGAGCCACCCAAGUCCCGCGGUUCCACUCAUUUCCCCUUGUCAUUGCGUUUCCUUGCUACCUGCUCAUGGAGAACACUAACAGC